AUGGGUCUAAUAUUAAUAGAUAUAAUUUUUAUUUUAACACGUAGAGUAGCAUCUUAUGAAAAAUAUUUUUUAAUAUUAAGUACAUAUGUAUUUAUAUAUAUAUGUGUUAUAUUAAUAAUCAUAACCGAUGAUUUCGUAAUAUUUAUGAUUUUAUUUGAAACAUUAUUUUUCCCAAUAUGUUUUGUAAGUUUAUUUUUUAAUUUUAAUAAUAGAUUUAUAUUUGCAAUAUUUUAUUUAGUAAUAUUUAGUUCAAUAAGUUCUAUAUUAUGUGUAUUAAUAUGUAUAAUUAUAAUAACUCACUUUAAUAUAUUAAGUUUAUAUGUAUUUAUUGAUAUUUGUAUGUUAGAUAGUGUAACAACAGUGAUAUUUCUAUGA